GCGCUACCUGUUCGCAUUUUAGUGGUCCCCUAGCUUAGGGGGUUUGACACGUAUGCUGUUUUUCUUGUUUCCGGACUCGUAUAAAUGUCAGUUCAUCAAUUGAAAGAUAUCGUCGUUCUUCGUUUUUCCACGAUUUUCUCGCGAUCAAUUUACAGAUCGUAACGCAGGUUCUUCUUGACAAAGUGUGAAACACAAUAGGAACAAUGAGCACCGUUGCUGAACAACCUUGUUACACUUUAAUAAACAUUCCGACCGAUACGGAGCCAUUGAACGAGCUCCAACUGAAACAGGAUCUCGAAAAAGGCGAUGUUCAAACGAAAAUCGAAGCACUUAAGAAAACUAUUCACAUGAUUUUGAGCGGUGAACGCCUACCUGGUCUGCUAAUGACCAUCAUCAGAUAUGUUCUUCCACUGCAGGAUCACACGAUAAAGAAGCUUCUAUUGAUAUUUUGGGAAAUUGUUCCUAAAACAUCUCCCGAUGGCAAACUGCUUCAAGAAAUGAUUUUAGUAUGCGAUGCGUAUAGAAAAGAUUUACAGCAUCCGAAUGAAUUUGUCAGAGGUUCUACUUUGAGAUUUUUGUGCAAAUUGAAGGAACCAGAGCUUUUAGAACCACUGAUGCCUGCAAUAAUUGCAUGCUUGGAGCAUAGACAUUCUUAUGUGAGACGUAAUGCGGUUCUAGCUAUUUUUACAAUUUACAGAAACUUUGAAUUUCUCAUACCAGAUGCACCCGAGUUGAUAGCAAAGUAUUUGGAAGGCGAGCAAGAUAUGUCUUGUAGAAGGAACGCAUUUUUGAUGUUGCUUCACGCUGACCAGAGCAGGGCGCUGGCUUAUUUAGCUGCUUGUUUGGAUCAAGUGCCCUGCUUCGGUGAUAUACUGCAGUUGGUUAUCGUUGAGUUAAUUUACAAGGUUUGUCUCGCAAAUCCAUCAGAAAGAGCUAGAUUCAUUAGAUGUAUUUACAGCUUGUUGAAUUCACCGAGUGCUGCUGUGCGUUAUGAAGCAGCUGGCACUUUGGUAACACUUUCGAGUGCUCCCACAGCAAUCAAAGCUGCAGCCUCGUGUUACAUCGAAUUGGUUGUCAAAGAAAGCGACAAUAACGUGAAACUGAUCGUUCUUGAUCGUUUGAUUGCAAUGAAAGAGAGUCCCGUUUAUGAAAGAGUCCUUCAAGAUUUGGUUAUGGAUGUGCUUAGAGUUCUAGGUUCACCAGCAUUGGAAGUCAGAACAAAAACGUUAGCUCUGGCGAUGGAUUUGGUAACCACACGCACGAUUGAAGAAAUGGUCCAACUUUUAAAGAAAGAGGUUCUCAGAACAGCUGGCGGAGAACACGAAGAUGCUGGAAGAUAUCGACAGCUUCUCGUGCGAACGUUGCACGCUUGUUCCAUCAAAUUCUCAGACGUCGCGGCAACAGUGAUCCCUGUGCUGACUGAUUUUCUAUCGGAGAACAACGAGGCUGCGGCUACCGAUGUUUUAGUGUUCGUUCGCGAAGCUAUUCAACGAUUUGAGAAUCUCAGGCCCCUUAUUGUCGAGAAACUCCUUGAAGUGUUUCCACACAUAAAAUCAGUCAAGGUACACAGAGCAGCGCUGUGGAUCCUCGGUGAAUAUGCAACAUCAAAAGAAGACAUAGAGGCUGUGAUGAACCGAAUACGCGCCGCCUUGGGCGAGCUGCCGCUGCUCGAAGCAGAGAAUAAACGUCAGGCUGGCGAGAAAUCGUCGGAGGAUGGGAAUGCACAAGCUGCACCAACGCAACUGGUCACCUCCGACGGGACAUACGCUACUCAGAGCGCUUUCAGCGCAGCGUCUGCUCGUAAGAAGGAAGAGAAGCGUCCAGCAUUGGUUCAAUACAUGAUGGAGGGCGACUUCUUCAUCGGCGCUUCCUUAGCCACGACUUUGGCCAAGCUGGCCCUUCGUUACAAGAGUCUCGAGAACGACAAGCAGAAGAGCAACCGUAUGCAAGCGGAAGCGAUGCUGGUGAUGUCAAGCGUGUUGCAGCUGGGUCGUUCGGGUCUGCCUACGAAGGCGAUGACCCACGACGACGCCGAGCGAAUAUCUCUGUGUCUGAGAUCGUUGGCUUGCCCGGUGCCACUCGUGCAGACGGUGUUCACCGAGGGUUGCCGCGAGGCUCUAGGCAGAAUGCUGGCAGCGAAGGCCGAGGAGGAUUCGCAGAAUCAGAAGGCGAAGGAAAAGCCAGGCAGCAUCGUCCAGGUGGACGACGCGAUACAGUUCCUACAAUUGAGCCGCGGGUCAGAUUUAGCCGGCGGGGCUGGCGACGUGUUCGAACAGAGCUUGAGCGCUGCCGUUGCCGGAAGACCCGGUGCCGGCGGAGACGCGCCAGCUCCCAGCGCGUUGAGCAAAGUCACUCAAUUAACUGGCUUCUCCGACCCCGUGUACGCGGAGGCCCUCGUUCACGUUAACCAAUACGACAUCGUGCUCGACGUGCUCAUCGUUAAUCAAACCGAGGAUACUCUACAAAAUUGCACUCUAGAGCUCGCGACUAUGGGCGAUCUGAAGCUCGUAGAAAGGCCACAGCCCAUCGUAUUAGCGCCACGAGACUUUGCUAGCAUCAAGGCUAAUGUUAAAGUAGCAUCUACAGAAAAUGGAAUAAUAUUUGGAAACAUAGUUUAUGAUGUAUCCGGCGCGGGUUCCGAUAGAAGCGUAGUCGUAUUGAACGAUAUACAUAUCGACAUUAUGGAUUACAUAGUGCCAGCAACGUGUACCGAUGCCGAGUUCAGACAAAUGUGGGCAGAAUUCGAAUGGGAGAACAAGGUUUCUGUAAACACGACACUGUCAGACUUGAGAGAGUAUCUUGCUCAUCUGUUGAAGUCUACCAAUAUGCGUUGUCUUACUCCGGAAAAGGCACUUUCUGGACAGUGCGGUUUCAUGGCGGCGAAUAUGUACGCAAAAUCUAUAUUCGGAGAGGACGCACUGGCCAACAUGUCUAUUGAGAAACCAUUGAAUAAACCGGACGCGCCGGUGGUCGGUCAUAUACGUAUCAGAGCGAAGAGCCAAGGGAUGGCGUUAUCGUUAGGGGAUAAAAUCAAUUCCACGCAGAAAGGACCACAGAGCAAAGUGGUGCAAGCCGCUUAAAACGCGUAGUAAUUAAAUCCGUUUCACGUAUCCUCAGUAUUCGAGUCGUUUCGGGGGAAAAAAAGCGUAGCCAAUUGAAUUUAUUCAAAAGAUGGGUUUUAUAAAUGGCGCGUCUCGUUUGUCUUCGGUCAAUUCCAAACGAUUUAAGGUUUCUUCUAACGCAGUGACGUUCAAACUAUAUUUUAUACGACCAGAAUAUAUUGGUAUUUAUGCGUUGCUUUAUUUUCUUAAUUAGAUAUUCUUGCUGUACCCGAAAGCGAAGAAAUAUACGUACACGAUAUACUUUAGUUACACGAACUUCUAUUUUAUUCUGUUGAAACUAACGUUUCUAAUGCAUACGAUAUUUUUUACAAAAUAAAGAACAAAUACUUUA